UAUCUUAAUGGGAACCCGUCAUGUCAUUAAACACUAAGCCCAGCGCGUGUCCCAUCUCCUGACGUUAAUCAGGUAUAAUGGACAGAAUAAAUGCGCUUAAAACGAGCCAAUCGCACGCACACACUUCUCUCAAAAAGCUCUCUCUCUCUCUCUCUCUCUCUCUCGGCUGGGCGGUGACGGGCGGUGACGGUGACUGCCUGCAACUUUGCUCCAGGAUGCUCUUCAAACACUGAGAACUUUGACUCGGAGUGGAGUGGAGUGGAGUGGAGGAGAACCUGCACACUCGCGGAAGCGCCGGCGUUUAUUAUUACCCAUAUUAUUAUUAUUAUUUAUUUAUUUAUUUACUUUGGGGCACGAGCUUGUGAUUUCCCGAGGCCGACGCAUGAGGCAAGGUAUGGGCACGGAGCUCCGCGAAGACGCCGCGUGCUCGGCUCAGCGCGCCGCGAGCCUGCCGUUCAGCGUGGACGCGCUCAUGGCUCGCGCAGGGACCAGGGCACGCGCAGAAACGCCUCAAUACGGCAACGGGCGCGCGACGCUCCUCUACGGGCCGCCUGCGCCCCAGGACCGCGUCCCGUCGUCCCCCGUCAAGUCGGAAGCGUCGGAUCGGGACGAAGCGACCUGGCCCAAGUCCGCGUGCUCACCGCAGCCACGACACUUGGGUCCAAACACAUGUUCUCUCAGAAAGCACAAGACAAAUCGUAAGCCUCGCACUCCGUUCACGACGGCUCAGCUCUUGGCGCUGGAGCGCAAGUUCCGUCAGAAGCAGUACCUCUCCAUUGCUGAGCGUGCCGAGUUCUCUAGCUCUCUGUGCCUGACUGAAACCCAGGUCAAGAUCUGGUUCCAGAACAGACGGGCCAAAGCCAAACGACUGCAGGAGGCUGAGAUGGAGAAGCUCAAAAUGGCAGCCAAGCCCUCAACGCACUCGGGCCUCCCUUUCCCGUUUCCUCUCAAUAGUCAGCCACAGGGGGCAGCAGCACUCCUCUAUGGACAAUCAGGACACUUUCCUUUGCGCAGAUACAUGCUCCCUAUGCCUCCACUUGGGAUUUACUCGACACCUUUGGCCUAUAGUAUGUAUCAUUUGUCCUGAGAGGCAUUCAUGGAUUCUUUUUUCAUCUGAAUGGAAGACUGUUUGUUGGUGCCUAAACCUCUUUGCCCAGUGGGCUCAUAUGUAAUCUAAAUAGUGUGUCAAGUGGCCAAAACAACAAAAAAGCUAAAAGGCCAUGUCCCCCCCCCCCUUUUUUUUUGACAUAGUGGUAGCUUUAUAAACCUUUUCAAACAGAUGUCAAGAUCCACACAAAAACAAAAAAUCCUUACAAGCCACAGUUUGGGGAGGCUGUGUCUAAAUGCACCUUAUUAUAAAGACUAUGCAGGUUCAGAUGCUGGAUAUACUGAACUACUUAAUUGAACCGUGUUGGUUGAAGACUAAAAUGUAACAGUGUCAUUUUUAAGUUUUUUAUUCUUCACUUCCAUUCUUUACUAAAUGUUUUGGAGUAUUCAAAAAGUAUAAAAGACCCUUGGCCUCACUUU